AUGACCGACGAGGAUCGCGUGGUGCGAAACAAUGAGGUAUCAUUACUCCCCCCCAUAAGAGGUAGAGAGGUCCAGCAGGCUCGAUCUUCGGCGUUGGAAGCCCUGCACAACCCUUCGUUCUGCAGAUACAAAGAUGAAAGUGUGCCGCUUUCUCGCAUGGAGACCGAGGCGUCGGCUGCAUUCUUGAGCUGGAAGAAACGUGUCAGGCAUUUUACUUGGGCAUUCUUUACGCUCUCGAUGAGUACGGGUGGUAUCGCAAAUGCUCUCUAUAAUGUCCCUUAUAAGUUUCGUGGCCUGGAGACAAUAGGCAUUAUAGUAUUUCUUUUCAACAUCGCGUUGUACAUCAUAACAUGGGCACUUUUACUUCUACGAUUCUAUCUAUAUCCUUAUACAUUCAAGCUGUCACUUACGCAUCCGACGGAAUCUUUAUUUGUGCCUGCGUCUAUUGUCUCAUUUGGAACAAUUUUGAUCAACAUUUCCCAAUAUGGACCGAGCGCUACAGGGCCUUGGCUCACAUAUACAGUGGGCGUUUUAUUUUGGAUCGAUGUUGUUCUCGCGGUGGUUUUCUCCGCUGGUAUCUACCUGCUCCUAUGGUCAACCCAGACGUUCACAAUAGCCCAAAUGACACCAAUAUGGAUAUUUCCUGCAUAUCCAAUGUUGAUCAUUGGCCCCCAUGCCGGGAUAUUGAGCUCUAAACUCGAUCCCUCUCAGGCGUUGCCUAUCAUAAUAGGCGGAACUACAGUCCAAGGAGUUGGCUUUCUGGUUUCAUUGACAGUAUACUCAGCCUAUAUAUAUCGACUGAUGUCGCAAAAGCUACCGAAGGAGAAUGUCCGACCUGGGAUGUUUGUCUCAGUUGGUCCCAGCGCGUUCACUGUGUCAGGAUUGGUGACCAUGGCUGCCAAUGCGGAGCGUUGUUUCCCUGAUCAUUUUAUGGGUAAUGGGCCGUUAGCUGCCAGCAUUCUCAAAGUUGUCACCAAUUUUGUCUGUUUAUGGCUAUGGGGUUUGGCAAUCUUCUUCUUCCUGAUAGCAACUUCCGCUCACUGGUCGACCAUUGGUCCUCGUCGGAUGGAGUUCUCAAUGGCAUGGUUCUCAUUCGUCUUUCCCAACACUGCACUGAUAACCGCCACGUUUGCCAUCGGCAAAGCAUUUUCCUGCAAGCCCAUUCUGGUUAUCGGAUGUGUCAUGACUGUUGCUCUCAUUCUGAUGUAUAUCUUUGUCUUCAUUAUGAUGAUCCGUGCUAUCGUGAUCCGUCAAAUCAUGUGGCCACAGAAGGGCGAAGAUAAGGACGAAGGAGGCUUCCAGAUCAACCAAAUUAAGCCCGAGUCGCCUGGUGAGCAGACACCUGUCUGA